AUGCUGGAUCACUCAGCUACUCGGAUUGUCGACUACGAUCGAGUCCAUAACCUACAAAAUAUCGUGGUGACAACUUUGGCUCCAUGCAAAGAUGGCUACUGGGUGAUCUACAUUCACGGAGGUGCCUGGCGGGAUCCGACAGUCACGUUGGACUCCUUCAAACCGACCGAAUCCAUCCUCCGUGACGCAGACCUGCCUAUUGCUGGGUUUGCAUCAAUCUCGUACCGCCUGAGCCCGCACCCAAAUCACCCGCAAGACUCAAGAAGCACUGCCCCGAACGACUUCCAAAAUGCGAGACACCCUGAUCACAUACGAGAUGUGAAAGCAGCGCUUGCCUUCUUACAGAAUACAUACGGCUUUGGUGCGCGGUAUAUCUUAAUUGGCCAUAGUUGCGGAGCGACGCUGGCCUUCCAAGCCGUGAUGGGCGCGAUUUCAGACCAUCGUGAACAGCCCUUCAUAGGGGGCAAGGAGAACCAAGAUAUCAGUGUCGGAGUUGUAUCUGCAUCUCCUGGGCCCCUGCCACCUCCCUUGGCAGCCCAACCUACCGCCAUUGUUGGUGUGGCGGGUAUCUAUGACCUGCGACGGCUUCGGGACUCACAUCGUGAUAUCCCGGCCUACCAGGAGUUUAUUGAGGGAGCUUUUGGACCGAAUGAGCUACUUUGGGAUGGUGUGUCACCAGCCCAAAUGGCAGGAUCUCGUGGAGUAGAAGGCGGAUGGAAGUCUGGAAGGUUGGCGGUCCUGGCGCAUUCCAAGGACGACGGCCUGGUAGAUCACUCCCAAAUGGAGGCCAUGGAGGAGGCUUUGAGGUACUGGGAGAAAACAGAGGCCCAAAUACCGGCGCAUGAGUUCCCACACCGUGAUAGACGUCUCUGCGUCCUAUCCAUCAGUGGUACCCAUGAUGAGGCAUGGGAGAAGGGUGACCAGCUAGCUCGCGCGGUGAAGUUCGCAUUUGAGCAACUACAGGACAUGGGGCUGGCCCCUCAAUCCUGA